AUGGCUCACUGUAGCUACAAAGCGCUUCUAGGUAAGGUCACCCCUUCCCAGGGCACACCUUGCGGUCAGUCCGCAGAUUAUCCUGGUCAGCUGGAAUGUAUUGCGCUCAAAGACUGUACAAAAGAUGUAACUGGCCACUUAAAGACCUUAAACCUCAGCGCAGAUGAGGGUUUAGGAUCUGAAAUAAAGUUGCUGUUAGCCAGAGCAGGUAAAUACCACCGUAAAAUAUAAUAUUUUGUUUUUUUUUUAUCAGCUACAUUAUUAUUAUACGUUUUACUUUUUAUCAUCAUGCACUCUAGGGUGGUUAUUCUCAACACAUCAUUCUCCUUCUAGGGGUUUUCUCAGUGGAAGAACAUCACUAUGCCUUGAGCAUUUGUCCAAGGCACAGGGCUGAUUUCGGCAUCCGCUGGAGGACAGGGAAGACCAUGUGUACAGUACCCAAAGAAUUAGCAGUACAUAAAACUACAACUGCUAAAGGGAGCCACCGAGUGGAUAGCUUGAAGUCGGCGUUUAUUUUCAAAACCACGAACACACUUAUUCCAGUUGGAUCACGUAAGUUGCAGACUUUUCUGCGAAGAUUGGUUAGAUAAUAGUAAUUUUUUGCGGUUAAGAAUCACAUAUAAGGUGGCACACAACGCGAGGAGUUUGCUAGCACUCUAUUAAAGAAACAGUAAGAAAUUUCCACGAGACAGUGAUAAGAGAGGAGAGAGCGUGCAAGGAGAGGGAAACGCGCUUUUAAGAUGUAUUAAUUAUCACGUGUCCCUUGUUUGUAUUACGCAGGGGUCAUUUUUGCCUUGGGGGUGCGGGUAAUCCUAGCACACCAUGCGGUCCUCAUUCAAAAUUAUUGGUCUUGCGGGCAGGAAGUUCUCUUCUUUCUAUGUAUGUUUUAAAUGUAUUUGUUUAUACAGUAUAUUGACAUUAAUUUCUGUUCGUCUGUUCAUUUUGUUUUGCUUUUGUUUCUCCACUUAAAGCAAUUUGUAAACAAUGCAACGAGUAUAUCAGCAAACAGGCCAUGCCCAACCAAACUCUAGUGUUUGCUUCAGGUGGGGUGGAGCCCGUCCCCGGGGUCUCGCACCUGCAAGAGUUACCCGAGCCCCAUUUGUUGGUAAGUAGUAAUAAGAAACACUAGUGUAAAUGGUUCGUUUAAGUGGCUCCUUUAGCGAUGGUAUGAAAUGUUUUGCUUUCAAAAAAAAAAUUCAUCAUUCAUUCUUUCAUUUCCUUUUUAAUCCUUUUUUACUUUAGGGGAUUUCUUUUCAUUUCUUUCUUUCUUUCUUAACGGGUUUGAGUGGGUGUUGGCUUGUGAAUAAAAUAAAACAAAAUAAACGUUUUAUCAUGCUUUAUAGUAAUUACACAAUAUAUUUGUUUUGAACUGUUUCAGGUAGAGGGGGAAACAGGCCGUUCAAGUGCAGAAACAACUAGUAGUGAGUUAUCGUCCGAUGACCUUGCAACUGAAAUGAAGAGGCUGGAGAUAUCGUCAAGAGGGCGGGAUGAUGAGACGUUCCUCAGUCCGGAUACUGGAAGUCUUGUUUCUUCCACGAGUGACGAGGCCCCAACCACUAUGCAAGAACCUCGCAAAAAGUUGAACGAAUAUCUGGUUUCGAAGAACAUCCCGCCAAUAACUCAGCCCUGGAUGGAAUGGGAUAAAGCUGGAGAGAGCACUAAGAAGAGAUACACCAAAAGGACAGUGGAGAUCUUUUCUUCAGUCCUACAAGAUCUUACACCUAAUUAUGCAGGUUCUCUUUGGCAAGCGGUUGUCUCGUCCCCUGCUAUGAACAAAUCUUUUAAACUCGAUGAAUUAUCACAAACGUCCAAGAAUUAUCUUCAGGCCUUAGCAGAGGCAUAUGGUAAGGCUCAAGGGUGGGAGACAAGAAGGCAGAUCUUGUCUAUGAUGUCAAGCGUUGCCAGCUUCAAUGAUAUUUCAAGAUUUAUACCAGGCUUAACUAGAUAUCGCUAUAGCUUGGGCAACCUGCAUCGCUUACAGUACGGCAGCGGGGCUCCCACAACGCACCACCCUUCGCCGAGGAUAAAGGCGCUUGCAAGCUUGACGCCGAGGUUGUGGCGAGGGAAAUGCGACGCACCCGUGGAGCAGAUGGUGUGCGACUUUUCCAGUCCUCAGAAUUCCUAACCAGCUUGCAGAUUGCGUCCUUCUUCUCAAGGCAAAGCGCUACACUACGGCAAAAGGACCCAGCAGAUGAAGCCGAUAUCCGGGCAUCUCAAGAGGAAGCUAACUUUAGUGCAGCGAAGGAGGUCGUUGAAACCAUUCAGCUCAACCAUCCUCUGGUCUACGAUCAGUACAACCUGUGUGAGAUGGCGCUCAGUGAUAACUUGAAAGUCCUCAAGCUACCGAUGCUUCAGCGCUUGUGCGAGGAUCUCUGCCUUGAUGCACCUGUCCCGCCUGUGCGCAAGAAGGCUCCAUACUUGGCACUCUUAGAGGAAAUAACCAAAAAGUGCACAUGCCGAAAGUAA